AAAUCAGAUUGGAUCACCGAAAGUGUUCCAGUUGAAAACAGAAAUGAUUAGGGUUUCCCAUAAACUGAAAGGAUUUGAACAAAGUGCAUUUCCCUUGUCCAAUAACUGAAAUUCGAUUCCAGCGAAGGCUCUUAGAUUGCAAUUAUCCGCGGAAAACAAAUAAAAUUUGUGACUUUGGGUCCUUUCCACUUUGCACUUUCCACCAUGGGAAGGGGAAAAUUCAAGAGCAAGCCCACCGGUCGCCGUCAGUUUUCCACCCGGGAGGAUCUCAUUGCUGGCACCUCCACCCGUCCUAGGUCUUUUAAACAGAAAGAAGCUGAGCAUGAAGAGGAGGUGUCCGAGGAAGUCUCUGGGGAUGAAUCUGAAGAAGAAUCUGAAGAUGAAACAACUAAGACAAAAGGUACUCAAGGGGUUAUUGAGAUUGAAAACCCUAACUUGGUAAAGCCAAAGAACUUGAAAGCUAAAGAUGUUGAUGUUGGGAAAACUACUGAGCUUUCAAGGCGUGAAAGAGAGGAGAUAGAGAAACAGAGAGCUCAUGAGCGCUAUAUGAGGCUGCAAGAGCAAGGAAAAACAGAACAAUCAAAGAAAGACUUAGAACGUUUAGCUCUUAUACGUCAACAAAGGGCAGAAGCUGCUAAAAAACGAGAAGAAGAGAAAGCCGCCAAAGAACAGAAGAAGGUUGAAGCGCGCAAGUAAAUUUUGUGGUGGAUGCUGUUGGACCUAGUUUUCCUCCAAUUUACAAGAGGAAUCUUUACUUCACUUUAUGUCCAUUUAGCUUUAUAUGGGAUAUUACCAUUCCAGUUUAUUACCAUGAGAUGCCAGUUUUUUCGUUGUUGUGUGGCUUGAAAUAUUGAUUACAUGUGGCCUAGAAAGCAAUUUCUUUUUGACCCUUUGUCAUCCUCCAUCUCCUUUUCUUUUGUUGUUUAUAGCCAACUGUUUAUAUGAAUUACCAUGCAUCUAAACAGUUUAAGAUUGAAAAUUUUGUCAGUGCAUUAGUUCA